AUGGUUAACUUCAGCCCCGACAAAGAUAUACCAGAUCUUUCUGGCAAAGUCAUUCUCAUUACUGGUGCGAACGUGGGACUCGGCCGCGAGUCUCUUCACCAGCUUGCCAAACACAACCCACGCACGAUCUAUCUGGCAGCUCGAUCAAAGGCCAAAGCAGAUCAGACGAUCAAAGAGAUCAAUGACACCCUGCCAGACACAGCACAAUCGACGAUCAGGUUCCUUGAAUGUGAUCUCACAUCUUUCGAUAGCAUCAAGAAAGCUGCGAAGACCUUUACCAGCGAAAGUGAUAGACUCGACAUCCUCAUGAACAAUGCGGGUAUAAUGGCAUGCCCAGAGGGUCUCACGAACGAGGGCUAUGAGGUACAAUUCGGUACUAACCAUGUUGGCCAUUCUCUACUGAUCAAGCUCUUACUACCGACGUUGCAGAAGACAGCUAAGGAUGCUCCUACUGGCUCAGUGCGCAUUGUCAACCUCAGUAGUGCAGGUGAACAACUUGCUCCCAAACCAGACGGGAUAAAGUUCGACUCACUCAAGACACCCAACUCGGGUGGUCUUAGCACCUGGACUAGGUACGGUCAGAGCAAACUUGCAAACGUCCUGUAUGCACGAGCACUGGCUAAAAGAUAUCCCGAGAUCGUCAGUGUCAGCGUCCAUCCCGGUGUCGUGCAGACAGAGUUGACCCGUGGACCUUUAGCCAGCUACGGUAGCUGGUUGUAUUACCCUACCAAGAUCAUGGCAGCUCUGUUUUGCAAGUCGGUUGCUCAAGGAGCUUUGAACCAAACCUGGGCCGCUGUGGCGCCUGUCGCGAAGCAAGAGGGUGGCCAGGGUGUGAAGAAUGGGACUUUUUAUCAUCCUGUUGGUGUGGCUGGGAAAGACAGUGGGCUUGCUAAAGAUGAGCACGACGUGCUGAGUGACAAGUUAUGGGAAUGGACGGAGAAGGAGUUGAAGGGCCAGGAGUUGUAG